GGCCCCCUUGUUUUGGCUACCCAGCUGGGGGUUUGAGGGAGGCCCUCUGGACGCUAAGCCCGGGGGCACAAUGAUCCCUCCAAGGGUCAGCAAGAGUGCUCGGCGGUCAAGAGGCCGGGGAUGGAGGUCAGGGUGGCGUGGAGCAACCGGCCGGGGGCCGGACGUGACCGGCAGACUCAGGGCUUGACCCACAGGCUCACACAAAAGAGGCCGGAAAGUGUCCGGAGGAAGCGGCGCGUCACGGGGGACGGAGCCGGGACCCUGCCGCGGCCGCCCAGCUGCGUCCCGGGGACACGGCCCGCACACCCAGCCGCACUGCCGCCACCGCCUGCACCGCGGCCGCCGCCAAUGAAACUCCUCCCGCUCCUAGUGGGUUUUUCCACUUUGCUGAAUUGUUCCUACACUCAGAACUGCACCAAGACACCUUGUCUUCCAAAUGCAAAAUGUGAAAUACGAAAUGGAAUUGAAGCCUGUUACUGCAACAUGGGAUUUUCAGGAAAUGGUGUCACAAUUUGUGAAGAUGAUAAUGAGUGUGGAAAUUUGACCCAGUCCUGUGGUGAAAAUGCCAACUGCACUAACACAGAGGGAAGUUACUACUGUAUGUGUGCACCUGGUUUCAGAUCCAGCAGUAACCAGGACAGGUUUAUCACAAAUGAUGGAACCCUCUGCAUAGAUAUAGAUGAGUGCAGUGGACCAGCUGCCUGUGGUGAUCAUGCGGUAUGUGAAAACGUGGACGGUGGGUAUAAUUGCUCCUGCAAGGAAGGUUAUCAGACAUCCACAGGAAAAUCUCAGUUCACGCCUAAUGAUGGCACUUACUGCCAAGAAAAUGUGAGUGCAGACUGCCAUCUAGAUAAUGCCUGUAUUGCUGCAAAUAUUGAUAAGAUGUUAACAAAAAUUAGACACAUAAAAGAACCUGUGGCUCUACUACAAGAAGUCUAUAGAAAUUCUGUGAAAGAUCUUUCACCGAUGGAUAUAAUUACAUAUAUAGAAAUAUUAGCUGAAUCAUCCCCAUUACUGGGUGACAUGAAUAGCACUAAUUCAACCAAGGACACUCCUUCUAAUUCAACUCUUACUGAAUUUGUAAAAACUGUGAAUAAUUUUGUUCAAAAGGACACAUUUAUCGUUUGGGACAAGUUACCUACGAAUCGUAGAAGAACUUAUCUUACAAAACUGAUGCAUGCUACUGAACAGGCUACCUUAAGGAUAGCUCAGAACUUCCAAAAGACCACUCAGUUCGAUACUAAUUCAAGUGAUAUAGCUCUCAAAGCUUUCUGUUUUGAUUCAAAUCACAUGAAAUAUAUUCAUCCCCAUAUGAAUGUGGAUGGAGAUUAUAUAAAGAUAUUUCCAAAGAGAAAAGCUGCAUAUGAUUCAUAUGGCAACGUUGCAGUUACAUUUUUAUAUUAUAAGAGUAUUGGUCCCUUGUUUUCAUCAUCUGACAACUUCUUAUUGGAACCUCAAAGUUAUGAUAAUUCUGAAGAGGAAGAAAGAGUUGUUUCUUCAGUGAUUUCAGUCUCUAUUAGCUCGAACCCACCCACACUGUAUGAACUUGAAAAAAUAACAUUUACAUUAAGUCACAUAAAGACCACAGAUAAGUAUAAGAGUCAGUGUGCAUUUUGGAACUACUCACCUGACACCAUGAAUGGUAGCUGGUCUUCAGUGGGUUGUGAGCUGACAUACUCAAAUGAGACCCAUACCUCAUGCCGCUGUAACCACCUGACACAUUUUGCAAUUUUGAUGUCUUCUGGUCCUUCCAUUGGUAUUAAAGAUUAUAAUAUUCUUACAAGGAUCACUCAACUAGGAAUAAUUAUUUCACUGAUUUGCCUUGCCAUAUGCAUUUUUACCUUCUGGUUCUUCAGUGAAAUUCAAAGCACCAGAACAACAAUUCACAAAAAUCUCUGCUGUAACCUAUUCCUUGCUGAACUUGUUUUUCUGGUUGGGAUCAAUACAAAUACUAAUAAGCUCUUCUGUUCAAUCAUUGCUGGGCUGCUGCAUUAUUUCUUUUUAGCUGCCUUUGCAUGGAUGUGCAUUGAAGGCAUACACCUCUAUCUCAUUGUUGUGGGUGUCAUCUACAACAAGGGAUUUUUGCACAAGAAUUUUUAUAUCUUUGGCUAUCUCAGCCCAGCUGUGGUAGUUGGAUUUUCAGCAUCGCUAGGAUAUAGAUAUUAUGGCACCACUAAAGUAUGUUGGCUUAGCACAGAAAACAACUUUAUUUGGAGUUUUAUAGGACCAGCAUGUCUAAUCAUUCUUGUUAAUCUCUUGGCUUUUGGAUUUAUCAUAUACAAAGUUUUUCGUCACACUGCAGGGUUGAAACCAGAAGUUAGUUGCUAUGAGAACAUAAGGUCUUGUGCCAGAGGAGCCCUUGCUCUCCUGUUCCUUCUCGGCACCACCUGGAUCUUUGGGGUUCUCCAUGUCGUGCACGCAUCAGUGGUAACAGCUUACCUCUUCACUGUCAGCAAUGCUUUCCAGGGGAUGUUCAUCUUCUUAUUCCUGUGUGUCUUAUCUAGAAAAAUCCAAGAAGAAUAUUAUAGAUUGUUCAAAAAUGUCCCUUGUUGUUUUGGAUGUUUAAGGUAAAAAUAGAGAACUGUGGAUAAUUUUUGCUCUACAUAAGAAAACCAAGCUGUGGAUGGCCAAUGUAUAAAAAUGACUUGAAUCAAUGAUCUAAUUAUUAAUUACUAGAUAAGUAUUUUAAAUCCAUUUUUCUGUUUACAGUGUAGAAACUGUAGAUAAGAUACCAUAAUUAUGUACCAUAUAGCUAUAGUUUGCUUUCCCACAUGACAUAGUUAGUUAUGUCAAAAUAGUAUUGCAAAUAUUUCUAACACAAGAAAUAUAUGAAUGUCCUGAAGGAAACCACUGGAUUGAUAUUUUUGUGACUCAUGUUGCCUUUGAAACUAAGUCCCCUAUCACCUUAGUAAUGAGCUCUGUUACAGAAAGUGGAAUAUGAGAGAAUGAAGGGGCAGAAUGUAAAGCAGUAAAAAGGAAAUGGCUAUUAUAACAAUGAGAUGUAUUUUGAGUAAACUUGUUUUUUUGUAAACUAAAUGAGAAAUUAUAGCUGAAAUAAUUGAAUAAACACUUCUUACCAUUGCAUGAAUUUUUCUGAACUUAAAUUUAUACUAAAACAACUUAGACCUUUUCUAUAUUUAUUUUCUUUCCUAAUAUUCGAAAAAACCCCACAAAACUUUACAAAUGAAAAGGCAGGCAAUUAUGUUCUGGUUUUUGGGUUAACAUCAUAAGGAGGUAUGUGCUGUUUCCAUACUAAUUUCAUAGAUUAUAACUUCAAAUCUUUAAUCAGAAAUACAUAAAUGUGUCAAACUAUAAUAUUUUUCAUGGCUGUAAAUGUAAAAAUAGUGUAUAUAAAAAUUGAAGUAUUCUCUUCUAUAACCUUUCAGUGUAGUGAAUAAUAUUGGAUCUCAUUAGGCUAGUAUAUUUGAGUUCUUUAUUUCUUUUAAUUUUGGAAAUAUUAUAGUUCACAUGACAAUAUUCCCUUUUAACUUACUAUUUUUAAAAGGGCAUUGUAAAUAUGAAAGUAUUCAGAAAGUGAAUUGCCAUUUUUUUCUGUUCAGAAAAGUACACAUUUAAAAAUGUUAUUUAUAACAAAGGAAUCACUGAGAACUGUAGAAAUGUUCACAGUGGAUAUAUUUUCUGACAGUUUUCUACUAUCUAUUAAAGCAUAUCUGCUUAAAUGUAUGGUUUCUAUCUAUCCUCAAAUCUUCUCAUUAAAAUGUGGAAGCAGGGAUUUUAUUUCAAAAAUAUGUAAUUGUCUGCACCUGCCUGUAGAAGUAUGCCAACACACUAAAUGUUGUGAUUUUAAUUUCUCCAGCUUUUAAAAUGAAGUCUGUCAAAACUUGCUCUAACAAAUAAAAUGUUAUCUAAAUGAAUACA